CGUUAACCAGCAUCUUCAUUUGAGAAUAUUUUCUUUCAGUUCUGAAAACCUGAAGAAAAGGCAGACAUGAGUCUCACUGGAAAAGAUAAGUCCGUGGUGAGGUCUUUCUGGGACAAAGUGUCCCCGAAGUCAGGCGAGAUUGGAGCUGAGGCUCUGGCCAGGAUGCUGACUGUAUUCCCCCAGACCAAGACCUAUUUUUCCCACUGGGCUGAUCUGAGUCCUGAUUCCCCUCAAGUGAAGAAGCACGGUGCAGUCAUCAUGGGAGCCAUUGGAGACGCCGUCGGAAAGAUUGAUGACCUUGUUGGUGGUCUGUCCAGCCUCAGCGAGCUGCAUGCCUUCAAGCUCAGAGUGGACCCGGCCAACUUCAGGAUGUUAUCCCACAACAUCAUCUUGGUUUUGGCCAUGUACUUCCCCGGAGAUUUCACUCCAGAGAUCCAUGUCUCCAUUGACAAGUUCCUGCAGAACGUGGCUUUGGCUCUGUCCGAGAAAUACCGCUAAACUCCAGUCAUCCAGGAGCAUCGACUGCAUACAUGCGGCAUGACGUCGACAUUAAUGUCCCUUUUAAAAUGGAAGGGCUUGGUGAAUAAAACAAAUAAAUAUGAAAUGUCCAGA